ACAUCAAACAUUAAUAUUCAUCUCUUCAAUCUUUUGUAUUCAUAUUCACAUAUUCUAUUUAUUUAAUACUCUUAGAAAAGCACCUAUACACCUUACCAAGAAAUUAAGAUGGAGAACUUCCCAAUUAUUAACUUGGAAAAGCUCAAUGGAGAUGAGAGAGCCAACACCAUGGAAAUGAUUAAAGAUGCUUGUGAGAAUUGGGGCUUCUUUGAGUUGGUGAACCAUGGAAUUCCACAUGAAGUAAUGGACACAGUAGAUAAAAUGACAAAGGGACAUUACAAGAAGUGCAUGGAACAGAGGUUCAAAGAAUUGGUAGCAAGCAAAGGUCUUGAAGCUGUUCAAGCUGAGGUUACUGAUUUAGAUUGGGAAAGCACAUUCUUCUUGCGCCAUCUUCCUACUUCUAAUAUCUCUCAAGUACCCGAUCUUGAUGGCGAAUACAGAGAGGUAAUGAGAGAUUUUGCUAAAAGAUUGGAGAAAUUGGCAGAGGAGUUACUUGACUUGCUAUGUGAAAAUCUUGGACUUGAAAAAGGUUACUUGAAAAAUGCCUUUUAUGGAUCAAAAGGUCCCAAUUUUGGGACUAAAGUUAGCAACUAUCCACCAUGUCCUAAGCCUGAUUUGAUAAAGGGACUCCGCGCUCAUACAGACGCUGGUGGCAUCAUACUUCUAUUCCAAGAUGACAAAGUGAGUGGCCUUCAACUCCUCAAAGACGAGCAAUGGAUCGAUGUUCCUCCCAUGCGCCACUCUAUUGUGGUUAACCUUGGUGACCAACUUGAGGUGAUCACCAACGGGAAGUACAAGAGUGUGAUGCACAGAGUGAUUGCACAAACAGACGGGACACGAAUGUCACUAGCCUCAUUUUACAAUCCAGGAAGUGAUGCAGUAAUAUAUCCAGCAAAAACUUUGGUUGAAAAAGAGGCAGAGGAAAGUACACAAGUUUAUCCAAAGUUUGUGUUUGAUGAUUACAUGAAGUUAUAUGCUGGACUUAAGUUUCAAGCCAAAGAGCCAAGAUUUGAAGCAAUGAAGGCAAUGGAAAGUGAUCCAAUUGCAAGUGCUUAGAUUCCAAUUCAAUUAUGAAAAAGAAAUUUAAAUAUAGCUAUGUAUACACAUUAUUUGCUCUUCUUAUGUAUGGUAGGAUAACGUUAGUAUUGAAAAAGAUUGUGAUUUGCUGCAUAUGUAACAGAGUUCUAAUAUUUGUAUUAUAAAUAAGGUGCCUCUUAGUGAGAUUAUAUAAAUAAUAAUUUGGAGUGUUUUGUUC